AUUAUAAUUAAAAUAAAUAUUUUUAAUUAGCUGCAGUAGUUAAAUUGUUGCCAAAAUAUUGUUCAUACAAUUAUCCUAUUUCGCCUACGACAUUGUUCAAAUGUUGUGCGUAGUAGUCACAUGAUCACUUCAGUUAGUUGUUCGUAUAUUUGUAAACGGUGCGCGUUGCUGUCGUCGUAUCGUAAUUUUGUUUAAAAAUUUCGCGAAUUUACGCGUGUUAAAGUGACAUAUAGUGAACGAAUGUGUUAAAUAAUGUGAUAAAUAAAUAUUGAACGUAGUAAAAUUAUUGUAAUGUUAAGUAUAAUCGAGUAUGACUUUUCUGUGAUCUUUCCUUUCAAACUCAUCUAAUGCCUUGCCUCACAAAUAUUCGUAUCAUACUUAAACGAUUAAUUUUCAUAUAAAAAAUUAAUAGUCUAUUUGAUUUUAUUUUUUUUUUUUUGCUAUAAUCGGAAUACUUUAUACAGUGCUAUAAUUGGAAUACUUUAUACAGUGCUAUAAUCGGAAUACUCUAUACAGUGUCUCUACAACUGCCAGAAUCUACGGUCGCACGAAGCAUUCUACGAAUGGUGAGUUCUGUACUUCUAUUAUCUGUCAUUAUUAAUUGUACCGAAAAUUAAUCCUUGGAUUACACAUCGUAAACGAUACGAUUAAUAAAAUUGUGACAAAUGAAUAAAUACAAAUAUUAGGGUAGCAUACAGUAACUUCGUAGCAUCUAUAUAUUAGGAUUAUUUCGUUGAGUAAGCGACGUGACAUGUGUACAUUUAUAAUUAAAUGAUUUACGGAAUUAUUACAUUAGUUUUAAUAUUUUAACUUGCAAUUUGAUUGUGAACUUGCUUUUACCGCUUUGAAUCCGUUUUACUUUAUCAAAUGUGGUAUAACAAGCCAUAGUGCUACAAGAUGUCGCUAAAUGUACGAAUUUUUAUCAAUCCAACGUCGGUAAGGAAAAGAUGGAAUUUCACAAGAAUUUGAUAAUCUUUCAUUUAGAUUAUUUUCGUACUCGUGACCGGUCUACUUUUAACUGGCUCUCGUUUGUCUAUUUUGAAGUUUUGUGAAUGUUACAUUUAUAAAAAAAUAGAUCAUUUUAAUCGUUUUACACCACUUGGAAUUUAAUAUAUUUACAUCGUUUAACUGUCAGUUAAUUGUCAUAUAGUACUGUCAAAAUGAGUAGCGAAAAAACUGUGCCCAAUUCAAUAAAAUUCCUUUUUGGCGGAACAGCUGGUAAAAUUGGCAUGUUAGUUCUGCAUAUUUUUCAAGCUGAAUGUGACUUUGUACUUGAAUGUGUAAAAAUAACUCCAAGGCUAUACAUUGAUUUGCAAUUUAUAAAUUAUUAAAAAAUGAAGUUCACAUUCGAUGCUUUAUUUUAGAAUGGCUGCCACAUGUUUUGUUCAACCAUUAGACUUAAUAAAAAAUCGAAUGCAAUUAAGUGGCACAAAAACAACAACCAUAAGUGUAAUAUCUUCAAUAGUAAAAAAUGAGGGUUUGUUAGCUUUCUAUUCUGGUUUGUCUGCUGGUUUAUUGCGUCAGGGUACAUAUACCACUGCAAGGCUUGGUAUAUAUACUUGGUUGUAUGAACUUGCUUCAAAGGACAGUCAACCAAACUUUUUUAUGAAAGCGUUAAUAGGUAGUACAGCUGGUUGUAUAGGAGCGUUUGUAGGUACACCUGCUGAAGUUGCUUUGAUUAGAAUGACUGCAGAUGGUAGAUUACCUAUUGGUAUGUCUAUGUCUUGUGGAUCAUUUAAUAUUAAUUUUACAAUUUUUAGCAUUAUUGUAUUUUUAGCUGAGAGACGAAAUUAUAAAAAUGCAUUUAAUGCACUAGUUCGUAUAGCCAAAGAGGAAGGUUUCUUAGCAUUAUGGAGAGGUACAAUUCCAACAAUGGGAAGGGCUAUGGUUGUAAAUGCAGCUCAGUUAGCAUCAUAUUCUCAGUCUAAAGAAAUAUUACUUAAUACUGGGUAUUUUGAAGAGGGUAUUUCAUUACACUUUGUAAGUUCCAUGAUAUCAGGUUUAGUAACAACUGCUGCUUCUAUGCCAGUUGAUAUUGCUAAAACAAGGAUUCAAAACAUGAAAAUUGUGGAUGGUAAGCCAGAGUUUAAAGGUGCAAUAGAUGUCAUUGUUCAAGUGUGUAGAAAUGAGGGAUUGUUCUCAUUAUGGAAAGGUUUCUUCCCUUACUAUGCUCGUUUAGGUCCUCACACUGUUUUGACAUUUAUUUUCUUAGAGCAAAUGUUUGGUCUCUACAAAACAUAUAAGGCAUAACCACAAAUAGAACAAAUUUGAUGCACAUAUAUUCCAAAUAAUUGUAAUUAAAUGUUUUAUUUUUUAAUUUUUUUUUUAAUCAUCUAUAUUUUAUGUAAAUCUUCCAAAAAUCAUUGUUAGAAGACAGUACAUAGUAUUGUGCAAUAAUUUGACAGUGUAUAUUUUGUCUAUAAACGCACAGUCCUUAUUAUACUAUACAUUCACUUUUAGCAAAUUUACUAGCAAAGAUAUUUUAGAAUCUAAAUGUUGAUUUUCAGACUACUUUGUACAAAUUUUAUUUGUAAAUUUGAUUACUGCCAAUGUCCUAAAUAUUUAUUUUUACAUUGAUUUUACAUUUUACGUCUGAAUCUCGCUAGUGUAUGUACAAAACUGCCACAUUCUAUAAACAUUCUUUUAUAGGGCUUGUAAGAUAGAACAAAAUAUUUUAUUAUUUUAUAAUAUUCAUAUGUACAAGAAUUUGUUAUAUAUACUUCGAGUUAGUUAAAAUAUUUGCAAUAUAUACAUCGUUUUAUACAAAUUGACAGACAAUGAAAUAUGUAGACAUAAUAAUUAACAGCUGUAUGUAAGUAUAUAUAAAUAUAUGUAUGUUACUCAAUGUACAAAUAACUGUUGAAUAAAAAAAGAAAAUUAU